CUCCCCAGACCGAUGCCGCCCAAAGGGAAGAGUGGAGGGCCCUCUGCACAGGCGCCCGCCGGCGCGCGGGGCUGGCUGCCGGAGCUGCGGUCCCCCGCGCUGUGCUGCGCCUGCGGUCUGUGCGUGCUGCUGGCGGGCGUGAACGUGACCCUGGUGGGCGCCUUCGCCUCCUUCCCGCCGAAGCACUACGCGCCGCUGGUGGUGGGGCCGGCACUGCUGGUGGUGGCGCUGGGCCUCUUCGCGGCCUGCUGCGCGUGUAGCCGCCGGGGCCCCGGGGCCCGCCCGCACUCAGCGGCCGCCAAGGGUCCGCGCCGGGGCGGCAGCGGCGCCGGGCCGGUGGCGCUGGAGAUGGAGAGCAGCGAGCGCACGGCGCAGGACACCACGGCCAUUCAGCUCAGCCCCGCCGCCUCGUCCGCGUCCUCCAGCCACUCCAGCCCCGGCCCCGACCCCGGCCCCUUCGCCCUGGACGCCUCCGCGCCUGCGGCCGCCUAUACGCCGCGCACCAACGGGGACCGCCUCAUCCUGCCCCGGGAGCGUGCCGCCCCCUAG